AUGGCGCGACUCGUACUAGUCGCAGCCCUCGCGGCGACUCCCGCCAUGGCUCACUGGGCCAGCUGGCUUCCCGGCCAAGGCUGGUCUUACAGUGGCGGCUGGAAGUGGAACCAUGGAGGCUCCAACCAUGGCGGCGGCAGCUACGGAGACGGCAACCAUGGUGGCGGCAACUAUGGCGGCGGCAGCUAUGGAGGCGGCAACCAUGGCGGCGGCAACCAUGGCGGUGGUAACCAUGGCGGCGAUGGUGGUGGCGACAACUCCUACACCUUUGUCGGUACUCCAACCUCUCACGCCUCGUCCUGUGGUGCUACCUCUAUCACCAUCCCCAACAUGUCGGCCUGUGCUGGUCACUGUUUUACCACUGCCAUGUACGAGUGUGGCACGUGUCAGUCCAACUCGAACAGCUGCAAAUGUACCUCGGAGUAUCGGGACUACAUCAGUCAGUGCGCCAGUCAGUAUGGCAGCGCGGACCAGACAGCUGCCCUGGCUUAUAUCGACAACCUUUGCAACGGUCAGGUGACAACGCCUGUCCCUCCCGGAUCCACCUCUGUGCCCCCGACGGGAGGUGAAUCGACCCCCCCAAGCACUGCCACCCACACCACACCUCCUCCGCCUGACUACACCGAAAUCCCAGGCCUCGGCAUUUGUGGAGGUCACUGCUGGGACGCUGCCAUCAGCUCGACCCCGCAGUGCGCCGAAACUCGAGACCUUAGCUGCACCUGCUCGGAUGCAUUCACGCAAUCGGUCACCAACUGCAUCAACGGGUGUUCCGCCGCCGAGAGGCGUGCCAGCGAACAGUUCCGCGACUCGCUCUGCCAUGGGUACACCACUCCUGGCACACCGCCCUCCACUUCUGAAGCCACUUCAACACCGAAUACCCAGACCGGUACCACGCCACCUGUUCAGACCGACAGCUCGUCGACCCCGCCGGUUUCCCAGACCACUAGCGUAGGGACACCACCUGUUCAGAGUGAGACAGAGACCUCGACGACGCCUCCACCAACGCAAACUUCAACUGCCUGCAGUGUGGACGUCACUGCCAUUCCGGGUCUCUCGACGUGCGCCAGUGGAUGCUUCGAUACUGCCACCAAGACCCUUGAUGUCUGUGCCAACAAUGCCGGUGCCCAAGCGUGCUUGUGCUCUGCCGAGUUCCGCAGCUAUAUCAUCGAUUGUGCGAGCAAGUACAGUCAGGAGGAUGUCAACGAAAGCCUCUCGUAUAUCGACACCCAAUGCCAGGGCUUUUCGACGACACUCAGCACCGAGACCAACACUGUACCCCCUCAAAGUGAAUCCCAGACCAACACACCCACUGGUACCAGCACACCCACUGGCACCACCACGGCCCCGACACCAACCUCUACGGCGUGCGAUGUCGGAUCCAGCGACAUCCCUGGCCUCUCUGGCUGCGCAAGUGGCUGCAUCGAAAAGGCAUCCACCACGCUCGACAUUUGUUUGACCAGCAACAGCGACAGCUCGUGUGUGUGCACGGCCGAGUUCCGCCAGUACGUCAUCCAAUGCGUGAGCCCGUAUGGCGAGGUCACCGAGGUUACUACAUACCUUGAUACCCGCUGCAACGGGGUCACGUCGGGCACGGUUCCUAUUCAAUCCACGACCUCCGUGCCACCCACCGAGUCAACCACCACUCCGCCGCCUAACGAAUCGUCCAAUACGCCCACCGGUACGCCGACAUCGACGGCUUGUGGUGCCGACUUUACCGUCAUUCCCGGGCUGUCGACGUGUGCAGGGAGCUGUUUCGAUGCCGCAAACAAGGCGAUUAACGGCUGUUCGACAGACUCUGUGGCCUGCAUGUGCACGACAGAGUACCGCGAGUACAUCAUCACUUGCACCAGCAAGUAUGGCAUUGAGGACCAGACGGAGAGCAUUGCGUACCUGGACAACUUUUGCAAGAGUGUCACCACGACCGGGACCGUUCCCCCAACCACCACGGAAACAGUACCACCCACGACACCUCCCGCUUCGACGCCGGAGACGUCCACAGGAACAGUUCCGCCUACGUCACCUCCUGCUUCGACGCCGGAGACCGAAACGGGAACGGUGCCACCAACGUCGCCUCCGGCUUCGACCCCGGAGACGUCCACGGGAACGGUUCCGCCGACGUCGCCCCCUUCCUCGACCCCGGAAACCGAAACGGGAACAGUGCCGCCAACGUCACCUCCUGCCUCGACGCCGGAGACGUCCACAGGAACAGUGCCGCCAACGUCACCUCCUGCCUCGACGCCGGAGACGUCCACAGGAACAGUGCCGCCAACGUCGCCACCCUCUUCCACACCAGAAAGCAGCUCUACGCCACCAACGUCAACAUCAACCUCGUGCGACGUUAUGCACACGCUUGUUCCCGGUCUCUCUGGUUGUGCUGGCAUAUGCUUCAACGACGCGGACGUCAACAUUGAGCUCUGCCGAACCGACCCUGUUGGAUGCCAGUGUACUUCAAAAUACCGCCAGUACAUCGUGACCUGUUUGACCCAGUAUGGUCAGUCAGAGGUGAACAUGGGCAUCGCCUACCUGGACAACUUCUGCAAGACCGUCACCACAGGCAGCAUCCCUCCCACGACUGGGACGGGAACUGUUCCUGGCACUGAGACACCGAACACCACCGGCACCCCCACGACUGGAACGGGGACAGUUCCUCCUGGGACUGAGACACCUAACACCUCUACUGGCACACCCCCAACUGGAACCGGAACGGCUCCUCCUGGGACUGAGACACCGAACACCUCCACCGGCACCCCCCCAACUGGAACCGGAACGGUUCCUCCUGGGACUGAGACGCCACACACUUCACACACCUCGCACACUCCGCACACUUCACACACUCCGCACACCUCGCACACCGGCCCUCCCACGAGCGUCACGACUCCGCCGCCCUCAACGCAGCCUCCGCCUUCGACUACGAACGGCGAGUGCACGUUCUGCGGGCCGAGCACUGUCACGGUCACUAUCGCCGAGUGCCCUACGACGGUAUACCGCCGAGGUUACAGGCUUUACAGGUUCAAGCAGGAGGAGUAA